UAGGGGUUUCCCAUUAUUUUGUUCCCUGUUUAAAACCCUCGGUGAGGGAAUUGCACAUUUCUAUUGCUCACUCUUUAGGGUUUAGCUCUCGCGUUUACACAAACUACCACCCUCUCCGUGCAAUCGUUCGUAGCAGCCAUGGCGAGCACCAAAGUUCAGAGGGUUAUGACACAGCCCAUUAACUUGAUUUUCAGGUUUCUUCAAAGCAAAGCACGCAUUCAGAUUUGGCUCUUCGAGCAAAAGGAUUUGAGGAUUGAAGGCCGAAUCAUUGGUUUUGAUGAAUACAUGAAUUUGGUUCUUGAUGAUGCUGAAGAAGUUAACGUAAAAAAGAAGAGCAGAAAGACAUUAGGGAGGAUCCUUCUUAAGGGAGACAACAUAACUUUAAUGAUGAACACGGGGAAAUGAUGAGCACUCUGGGACAGUUGUAUACUAUAAUUGCUAUCCACCGAGACGAUCUUUCCCUUUUAGUUUAAAUACUAUUUCCCUUGUAAACAUUUUGAAUAUGUUGCAUGAGAAAUAUUAUCAUGUAUGAAAGUUUGUAUUUUUCAUGCACUGGUUAGACUCUUAGUUGAGCUGCUUAACAUGUGUGUUAUAACUUUUCUCUCAUUUAUUGGCUUUCUCUCCUUUUAUCAUGCACAAUUAAUAUAUUUUAGGU